UUUCUCUUCUCUGUCCUCAAUCGAAACAAGCAUCAUUCACCAUGGGAGCUGAAUACAUCAUCUUUGGCCGUGCCAUCCCCACCUACAAGUUGGCUAUUGCCACUUACGCCCUCGUAAGCGCCCCAGUUAUUGCUAUGCAGAUGGGCAAGAAAGAGGCUUCCGGUAAUGCCAUCAAAGCGGCUUCCCAAGACGAGGAGGACUUCAUCCGUGAGUUCGUCAAGGCCGCUGAGGAGGACCAACCCAAGAACGUUUAAACAUGGACGCUUGACAUGUCGUCCUCACACGGAAAAAACAACGAAAUAGAGCACAAAUAAACCUUCUGCACUAUCGAUAGACACAUGUGUCCGUUCAUUUAUUGUGCACAACGCUUGCUUGCCCGAACCCACAUUUCAUGCAAAAAUGACUAG